CCGUGUUCCCGCAUAUACCCCCAUGCACAAGCUUCCGUUACGUGAUUCAUGCAGGGUAUAAACAUGGUUGAACGCGAUCGGAGUCAUUGCUACCCGCUUCCACCCACUUAGAGCUCUAACUGAAAUGUUGGCGUGAUAUUUUUUGCUACUUGUAAAGCUCGGUUCUGGAUAUCUGGGGAUUCCCAGGGUGUUGAUGAUAUCUUUCGGAAGAAGGGGACAUUAACGGGGUGACCACUAUGACAAGUCAUCACACCGCGACACGUUUGACGACACUGACACUUCUCCUCAGUUUGAUAUCUACACAGACUGUUUUGUCGUGGCCAGCUGAGGGUGAUGUGAGGCUUCAAGGAGUGGACAACACCGCCCUCCAGGGGCGAGUAGAAGUCUACCACGACGGUCAGUGGUUGUCGGUCUGUGAUGGCUCCUGGGAUACUAGGAAAGGCGAUGUCGUCUGCAGACAGCUUGGAUUUUCCGGAGGCGCCAUGUCCACAGACAGAAGCGCCCUCUUUGGUGAAGGGACUUCGGUUUCCUGGCUCACUGACGUCACAUGCACCGGCAACGAGAAUGGCCUAUCAGAAUGCACCGGACACACUUAUGGAACAGGCGCCUGCUCCCACGCCAACGACGCCGGAGUUCGAUGCACUUAUCCCAUGUACCAGGGAUGCUACUCGUCGGCUUCCCCCGGCCCCCUGACGGCGUUGUCCGUUUCAAGCAGCACUGUGACAAUCGCCAUAUGUUUGGACAUAUGUCGCGGGGAGAGCGGCAGCCCGUCUUUCGCUGGUAUUGAGCAAGGAGAGCGAUGCACUUGUGGUAAUACAAUAUCUACUGCCAAAGUGGGGAACAUUGGAUGUAACACACCCUGCAGGGGAAACGCAGAUGAGAUAUGUGGUGGGAGCGCUUCUGUAUCCAUUUACAAAACUGCUACCGAAGACAGUGACAGGGAUAACGGUGGAUAUGUGACGUCUGCUAAUUUCCCAAGUCCUUACUCCAGUGGCGAUUCCAGCGAGCGAACGAUCAUGAUCCCCGCCCGUUUCAACUACGCCGUGGUGACAUUCUCGUACUUCAAACUCGCCACCGGCGACAGCGUGACGCUCAGGGCGAGUGACGCAACGGCUGGAAGCUACCCCAGUGGCAGCGGCGUUCCCGAACCAGACUUCUGGAUUUCAAAGUCUGCUGCCACCAGUUUCGAUGUGUCCUUUUCAGUUGCCGGCAGUUCGACAGGAGAUACAGGUUUCGCCUUGCAGUACAAAUUCGGGUUGCUGUGCUAUCCAAGCACCCUGCCUGGCACUGUAGCUCAGGGCUCGUUCGUUGCAAGUCAAGCCAGGUAUUAUUUCGACGAGAAGGUCAUGGUAACGUGUGACCCUGGGUACCGGCGGGACCGUGAUGGCUUUGUCUGUCAGCUUGACGGAAUGUGGUCACCCGCACCGACCUGCUCACUAAUUCCAACGACCAAGCAACCGACACCCCAGACAAUGGUCAGAGAGUCAACGACCGGUGUUGAUAGAAUGACACCCUCUGGCGCUACUUCACAAGGUCCAGUCGUCCCGCCAGUAAUACCAACUCCGUCAGUAACACCGUCUCUAGAGGGCCCCUCUUGCCUGGUCCCAUCGGUCGCUAACGGAAGGGUGGAAUCCCUUGGUCGGGACAGGGUGCCCGAGGGCGACAUGAUCAUCCUGACAUGCAACGACUCCUACGUGCCCGACAACGACGACACCAACGCAACUUGUCUGGCUACCGGGGAGUUCAACGCUGCAUUCGCCUGCACGCCCACGGGCGGCCUGCCAAACUGGCUGAUCGCUAUCAUUGUUGUCGCUGCUGUUCUGGCUGUCACCGUUGCUGUCCUCAUUAUCUUGCUGAUGCUUGUCAGCAUCGAGCCCAAAAGGAACGAUAGACGGAGUCGUCCUCGUAACGAGAAUGAAUUUACCCCACGUGAUAGUCCAGUGGAAGAUCGCCUCGUUGCCAUAGCGCCGUCCGUCCAACAAAACCCUUCGGUCGCAAGCAGCGUCAUUUCGGGGUCGGAAGGAGGCGGUCAGGUCAACCAAGGGGCUCAGACCGAUGCCGACCCAGCCCUGGGCGAUCUUGGAGAUCCCAUGCUAGGGGACAGCGACGUGUACCAUCCGACCAGGGACUACCCAGGAGCCGGUGCCCGGCGCGACCCAUCACCAAGCAUAGCCCCUGUGCGGUCGGCCCCGAUGUCGCCGCCGGCCGCCGCCCAGCUACCCCGUCAAAGGCCCAUCGAGUACCGCCCGAUUUCAACCGACUUCAGCAUGUUGGCCACCGAUGAGCUGAUGGCCGUCCGGGCUCUGGAUAACGUGGUGUCCGACUUUGAGAGGGAUCAGGCCGCGUACUUCCUGGGUCCCUCUGGACCGUCUACCUACGCCUUAGACCGGGGCAGCCGCUACGGUUCCCGACAAGUGCAGUUCUCACAGAGGUCGCGUCUUAGCAACUUCUACGGCCUGUAUUAGAACGGUUUUUAGGUUCAUUCCAGCAGUACUGAAACCAAAAAGAGUGUGACAAUGCAGUCUUAUUCUUCAGUCUAGUCUGUUAAUUACAUAUUUUCAGUGGCACAUGGAAACUCACCACAGUUCUUUUUCUAACGGAUGCUACUCACUAAGGCCGUGUCUGAAACGGGCUUCCAGAGCUACGGCUACGUCUAUUGUCUGCGUGUCUCCACGUACUUUCAAUGGAGUGAAGGCCUAGACCUAGCUCUAAACAACAGAUUCGGAUGCAGCCUAAAGCUCCAAACUUUACUCUCUCUAGAAUACUCCAAGUUGACAGUACAUUAAAGCAUUGCGCCCUCUGUCGGUAUUGCUGUCGAAAUAAUUAAAGAUGGCUCACUUCGUACUGUAAGGAAUGGCAAAAUUCAUUUAAAAUCCUAUUUGUUCUUCAAAGACGAUAAAAGGAAACACUUAUUGUCGCAAACUAUUCAAGGCUUCUCGUGUUUGAAGGAUUUCUACACACUGUAAUUUGUAAAAUUGCUGCUUGAACUUCAAACAGAGUGAACUUUGAAUUUAUGAAAUGUUACCUGCUCUACGCAUGAACUUUUUUAAUAAUCGGAAACACUUGACCAGUUUUUUAGCUGUAGUUAGGAUAGAUUACUUGUGUAUAAAGUAGGAAGUGUUUGUACUGAAAUAUACGUUGAAUUUUUUUACAUUUAAAAAGAACUAUACCACUCAGAAUUAUCAUUUACUGAGAUUAUCAGGUUGGAAAUUAUAUUUUGACGUUGUUUAGUACUUCCAUUGUGUAUUUUUGUAAUGACUGUGCUGCCACGUUAUAGAGAAAUUAUGAUACAAAGAAUUACAUGCGAUGUAGAAAUAACCCAACCCUUUCUCCCAAAUUAGAGUCGGAAAUUAUGAAAAAUAUUAAAUCUGGUGCAUCUUUAUAGUCCACAAUCUUUGAGGGAUAAUAAUAAGAAGAAUGUAACGAAAAGGUAUUAAACUCUUAUUUCAUAACAAUCAUGCAUACCUUCCAAACAGUUUUCCUUCGUGAAAGUUACAGUAAAAACACAUGUAGAUAUCCAAGAGGUUGAUUAAAGGUUCAGGCCAACAAUAACGUUGUUUAAAGGCAUAUUACACAGGUCCAUUCCGUUUUUACCAUAAAUUAAAGAAGUCAUCAAGUACAAAUAAACAGUUGGUGAAAGGAAAUUUUAUGGAGUAA